CGCAUCGCUACCACACAGAAGCAGCUGGGAAACUCGUCCAUCGUCACGCUGAACACGACUGGUUCUGACCUGCAACUCGUCUACGACCCCAGCACGGCAGACUUCGUCAGCGACGAUGAAACCACAGGUCUGAGCGCCUACCAGCCCAGCUGGUCCCCAUGCGGUGAGUGGCUUGUCUUCGGCGUGGGAUUCUGGUUCGAGACUCGAGAAGCCUCCGGUGGAUGGAUCGUGCGUGCUACCGCUAACGGGAGCUACUCGGAAGUACUCGUGAACAGCAGCUACUCCAUCACCGAGGACGGGGCUCUGAACAAUGGAUUCCCGAGCUUCUCACCGGACGGCAAGAAAGUAGUGUAUCGGGUGUGGGGAGCCGACACCGCGACAUACGGCAACGCCAGCGAGAUCGGGUUGCGGGUACUGGAUCUCGAGACGCGGAAUACAACUGUGCUGACGACUGAAUGGGAUAAUCUACCCCAGUUCUCUCCCGAUGGAGAGCUCAUCCUGUUCACGCGCAAGACUAGCACGUACAAUUACGAUGUGUGCACAAUUCGACAGGAUGGGACAGAUCUGCGCGUGUUGACGAGCAGUGGUGCUAAUGAUGCACAUGCAGUGUGGUCACUGGGUGGACGUAUUAUGUGGUCGACGGGAAUGUAUGGGUUCCGGUACGAGUGUGCCUUGUAUGAUGAUACCUUUCAGCCGUAUGGAUAGAUUAUGAUUAUGGAUAAGGACGGGGGGAAUAAGAAGUUGAUGACGAACUCGAUGUGGGAAGAUUCGAUCCCGUUGUUUUUGCCGAGGGAGGUGCUUUAGUUGGUGAGGCUGCUGGGUGUAUGAUAGUCUUUACAAGGGUGGUUGUGAUUAUAGCAUGUUGGGGAGGAUGGAAU